AUGAGUAUUAGCAACGAUGAAGACGACACCGAGCGGCAGGCAUUUCUUCCCAGAGAUACACGUAUCGAAGAAAAGACGCCUCCAGAAACCGAUUCAGCCAACUGGACGCACUACAAGCAUCAUCUACGAUUAUUCCUAGAAAUAUUCAUGGCUGUCGUGAUACUCAUUCUAUCCAUUCGGUCCAUCUAUGAUAAAGACAAAGAUAUGAACGGCCGCUCUCCAGUACCUAUAUUUCCGUUGAAGACGUAUACCUUUAACGAAAAUUCUAAAUACAUGAAUGAGAGUAUAUUUAGUUCGAGCGAUGCAACGCUGAAGACGUUGCACAAUUGGAUUGAGUUGAGCGCAGUUGGCAGAGGAUAUGUCCAAAUCGAGCAAGACGAUGCCAUCGGUCUAAGUGAGCCGUACAGCAUUGAAGCCCACUGGACUACUGAGCCGGUAUACAUGAUGUCUGUGUUUCACCAAUUACACUGCCUGUCCUACCUCGUCCAAGCGUAUCAAUCCGCCUUCGCCGGCACAGCCCUUACCCAAGAACUAGCUCACCAUUCUUCUCAUUGCUUCGACUACCUCCGACAAUCCAUCAUGUGCGCCGCAGAUACUACGCUGGAAGGUAAGACAGAAUCCGGACCGGGAUGGGGCUCAACGCAUCAGUGCAAGGAUUAUGAUGCGUUGCUGAAGUGGGCCAAUGAGCAUAGCGUCACGGCGUGGAGGGCUAAUAUGAUUGAUACGGCUAUACUUUGA